AUGUCUGUACAGAGCAGUGCAAUUAGUAAUUACGACGAGAGCUCAAGGUUAACUGAAGUAAAUGCUGAUGAAAUGCGCUGUACAAGAAAAGGAACUUUUGAAGGCAAAGUAGGUUUUGCUUCCAAUGGAUUUGUGAACACAGAUGAUAAGCAUACAGUCGAUGGCAGUACUGAGAUCGAUACAGAGCCGACAACGCCAGUCUCAAACAACGGAAGUACGGCUCCAGGGCCACUAAGCCAAGAGCAAUGGAAAUUCAUAAGUCUUUUAAAUCAGCAUGGUAAUAAGGAAGCUAUUAUGCAGCAUUUACGCCAUCCUGUCUACGCAAAGAUCUCUAUGAGAAGAAGAGGAUUUAAGCGUUUCCGUAAAUUUUUUUUAGCUCAGGAACUUAAACCCCCUAUCAAUGACUCUGUGGCUCAGGAUCUUCCGAACCCUGCAAUUGACACUGCAAUGCGCGUUUCACCUACACGUAAUGGUGCUACCGAACGCAAGAGACCGAUAUGGGUUAUGAAGUUUAGUAAGGAUGGAAAGUACAUGGCAACUGCAGGGAAAGAUCAUGUCUUGCACAUUUGGAAGGUGCUUUCUACUCCUAUGGAAAGAUGGGGCCUUGAUGAAUCCCAAAUUAUGGACCGCGGACGUGCGAAAACUAUAAAUUUACUUAACAACCACCUUUCGAAAUAUAAUCGGUCCGAUUAUACAAGUCCAGAACGACGAGAUAGAAAACAUGUGGGAAUGGACCUAUAUGCACCAGUUUUUCAUCCCAGCCCGUAUAGAACCUUGUAUGAGCAUACCGAAGACAUUUUGGAUUGUGAUUGGUCAAAAAACUCUUUCUUACUUACAGCUUCUAUGGAUAAGUCUGUAAAACUAUGGCAUUGUGACAGAAAAUCAUCAUUAAAGACAUUUGAACACCCGGAUUUUGUAACAUGCGUAAAAUUCCAUCCUUCUGACGAUCGUUUUUUUUUGAGUGGUUGCUUAGAUACCGUAUUGCGAGUUUGGUCUAUAUUAGACGCGGAGGUUACUUUCUCAUUUAAUUGUGGGGAUUUAAUUACCGCCAUGAGUAUUUCACCUGACGGUAGAUAUGUUCUAGUUGGAACAUUCAACGGUUAUAUUUAUGUUUUAUAUGUGAACGGCCUGGAGGAGUACCAUCGCUUUCACUUAUUGGAUAAAGCUCACAAACAGAAUAAAAAGAAUAGACGUGGGCCUAAAAUCACCGGAAUUCAAUUCAUUGAAGGCAAAUCCAACUCUGGGAUGAAGAUCAUGAUAACUUCUAAUGAUUCUAGGAUAAGAAUUUUUGACAUGGAUACCUUCAUGCUCCAAGAAUUACUACAGGGAUUUACAAAUGAAACAUCACAAAUAUCCGCUGACUAUGCUGUUAUGGGAAAUGCAACUUCGAUUGUAAUUAGUGCAAGCGAGAGCCACUCUAUACACGCGUGGAUUUUACAUGGUGACGAUGAAUAUACUACGAGCCCCGAUACGAGUUCUAUGACUACAAAGUCUUCUGAUGUUUCAAUGGUUAGACUGCCUAAUUCACAUCAAAGAAAAAACUCAAUGAAGUUAAUUGGCUCGAUAAAGAACAUCCUGAAAAAAGCUCUCAAGAAGCCAAAACAGAAUGAUUCACAAUCCAUCGCUCGUCAUACACCGAUACAUCACGUCCACCAUAACGAAGAAUACUAUAAAAACACGGAUUGUAUCACACUACAUGCCAGUAAUCAUAAUAUUAGCGCUGCAAUAUUCGCACCAUCUUCAUCUUUACAAGUUCUAUCACUUUCAAACGAUUUGAUUAGUGAAAUGACAGUCGCAUUUGCUGACAGUAAAGCUGACUACCAAUUAGCUGCACGCAAAGCCUUGUUUGGACAUAAAACUUCCUCUUUUGAAGGUGAUUAUGAGAAAGCUAAAAAUCCAGGUAAUAAAACUACGCCAUUGAAGCAAUCAAUUGGUUUGAUUCUUGUAUUUGCAGAUACCUCUGGUAUCAUCAGGGUUUACCGCCAUGAUAUAUCAAAUAAUAUUAGAACAAAAGUAUUGAAGAUGCUGCAAGGCGAUCAGGCGGCAGGCAUCUUCACCGAGCAGAAUACGUCCAAUUCAAUUGCACCAUCACGCACGUCCAUGACGAUGAAUACUAUGAAAGCAAAAUUUUCUAAACCAUUAUCAAAUACCUUAGGAAAGUCUAAGUUGUGCCCUCAUGAAAGUAGGUCCACAACCAGUUUAAGUAGUAUUCCUAAGCUACAGCCACCACUGGCAGAAAAUCACAGCGAGCAAACUUCUAAAACUGUCGCUGGUUCCUUAUUCAGUACGAAAGGUGUUUGUAAUAUUUGUGGAGGCGAUAGAAUCGCCUUCACAUCCACUGCGGCUAACGAGCCUAUAAAUCGCCACUGUCUAGAUUGUGGCAACCAAAUAAAUAGAUUUAGGUAA